GUGGUUAAUUUUGUAUGUUUGUUCCUGAAACACUUACCAUUUAGUAAUCUCCUCAACACUAAUUUCAAACAAUAGACUAAUCACAAUAGUAAAUAAACUAAUUUGAAACCAUAUAAUUUGGCUAAAUAUCUAAAUCAACAAAAAUAGUUCCUGAGCUUAGAAUGAGAAAAAUAUAUUUAAUGAAGGUUAGAAAUACUUUAAUAUUUAGGAUAAAAUUAGAAAUAAACAUGUUUGGAUAGAAUUGAGAAUAAAUCAAUACCGAUAAUAAGAUUCAAUUAUCCCUGAUGAAACUAGUAAGAAAUUCUAUAUACUUAAUUUAAAGAAUUUUGUAGAAUUUGUUUGUGCGAUGAUGGUAAUUCUGAUUUAAUAAGACCAUGUAAAUGCAAAGGCUCAUUACAAUAUAUACAUGAGAAUUGUCUUAAAAUUUGGAUCUUAGAAAAGCAAGGUGUAGAAAAGGUAUAUAAAAAUGAUGUAAGAUAAAGUUUAUAUCAAAAGAUAGAUUGUGAAGUUUGUCAUUCAAAAUUUUAAAUGGAAACUAAAUUUUCUGAUUAAAAAUAGUUAAGAAUGAUAAAGAGAGCCCCAAGAGCUAGAAAAUGUUGCUGGACUUUUGAAAUUCUAGUUUCUUUAGGCAUUAUUGGAGCUAUUAUUGCAUUAAUCUUUUAAAUAAUUGUACUAUUCAAUAUACUAUAAAUAUUAGGAUGGAAAACUAGAACCAUUAAUUUUAGCAGGAACAACUGUCCUAUUUGUUUUAUUGAUUUUAAUUGUCUCUUUAAUCUACGUUAGUUGUAUUGAUUAAGUUACAGUUGAAGUACUUGAUCCUUGGAGAUUUAUAGAUGUUUAAGGUGAAAGUGAUUCAAAAUCAGUUUCAAUAAUUGAAUUCGAUAACCCAAAUAAGUAGACUAUUUAGACAGUUAAUUAAAAUGAAAACAUUAACGAUAGGCGUUAUUCGACUAUAAACGUAGUUUAAAUAUAAAGUUGA